AUGUUGGAAGAAUACUUGACACAUCCAGAUCAGGGUGAAGUGGACCAGUUUUUGCAGAAGCUUGAAAUUACUUCCACCAAAUUUCUGAAUGCCGAUCUAUUAAGAAUUAUCUUACGAUGUUUCAGCUUUCACCUUCUCCUAAAAUUUGAGUUUGAAUCCACAGAAGAUUUAGUUGAGCUAAUACGACAUAUUUGUCGAUGUAUUCAUAUGGAGUUUUAUCGUGAUAUGUUUCAAUAUUGGGAUUUUACUUUGCCGAUGUGCUUUAAACUUCCGCAAAUAGAAGAUAAGGAAAUUGAAGAGCAUAGAGCUUAUGAGCAUAUUAUAUGUGAAGAUUUUAAACCUGCAGAUCCAAAUGAAACUCCAUCAUUAAUAAAAAUAGAUUCUACUGAAUUCUGGGAAUUAGGAUUAGGCAGUUGUAUAGGGUUACUAUAUCCCAACUCACCGCCAUGUGAAUUUUCAGCGGAUAAUAUCAAACACAUUAGGAUUCAUAAAGAAGUUAGAAGAACUGAUGGUUAUUAUUGUAUCAGAAACUACAGCUUUGUACAAGCUGUACGUGAUUACAUAUUUAAAAAUCCAGCCCAGCUCAACUCAGCUGAUACAUAUGGUUUUGGGAAAAGUAGAUGUUUUGAAAUUAAUGAAAAAGUUAUAAAAGUAAGUUUUCAUUUAUAUACAUAUUUGUCAAAAACGUUUACAGAAAAUGCUAUCCCGAUUGAAGUAAGAGCAGGAAUUCGGCAGAAUGUUAAUGAUUUCUUUCAAGGAAAAGACGAAAGUGGGAGAUUUAUGGUGGUUUUUAACCAGUGUAUUAGAAAGGCUAUUUACAAUGGUACAAACUGCUUUUUCUUAACUGAUUAUGUGAGUACAUUUUUUAUCCAGUUUCAACUUGGAGAUCUUGGAGAGACCGCUUUACUCCGUUCAGUAAGUUGUAAAAUAAUAAAAUUUGAGGAACGAGAAGAACUGGAAUAUUCACUCAAUUUUCAUUUAUUUCUAUUCUUGAGAGAGAUUAAGAAUAAUUGUUAUGGCACCAUAGAUCUCGAUUUUUCAGAGUGGCCUGGAAAGUUAUAUCUUACAUCCUGCGAUCAAGACAAUUUUACCUGCUGCUCUUAUAAAACAAGUCAUCAGUUAAAUGAACAAAUAUUUCUUUGA